CACGGCAACUAAAGGAGCAUUGCUCCGACCGAGCACCCUGGAUGUUGACAUUCGGGUGCUUGCACGCCACGAUGUUUGAUUUGGAUCUGAUUUAUGACAAUCUUCUUCUUUCGGCUUCGUGAGAAGACUUGUCCUCUCAUGUUGUCCGCCCCCUUUUCUUUUCGAUUUCUGAAUGAACAUUCUUUUGGGUGGUAUGAGAUGCACCACAAUGCUCUCAUGGUUUGGCGAUUUUUCUUCAUCUUAUGCUGGGUUCUUUCGAGGACUGUCUGCAGGCUGGGUUUCUUCUUUUCUGUGCUUCCCUUCACGAAGGUGAACACUGGUUAUUGGCGCUGAUGGUCGUUGGGAUACAAGAUACGAUUGGGGCUUCCACGAGGGCGAAUUUCACGACGAGUCACGGCUGUUCGGAAUGACUGGUCGUCAUGGAUGAGCCUUCAAUCGAGGCAAGAACGAAUUUCUUUCACGUGUAAC